GAGGAAGUGGAGGAGGAGGAGGAGAUGGAGGUGGCGAGUCUUCCGGAGAUUGGGAAAGUGCGGAUGAGGAGGAAUCGGCUGGAGUGCUGCAACAACAGCUGCAAGAACAACAAGAACAGCAGCAGCAGCAGCAAGAGGCCGCCCAACAAGGCCCUCCGCAGCCCGAGCGACAACAGCAACAAGACCAACAACAGCAGCAACAGGAACAGCAGCAAUCCGAGGCGCCCCCGCCGCAUUGGUGGCAGCAACGGCGGCUGCGGGAUAAUGUGCUGUACGGCAGGGGCUUUGGCGUUGUAGACAGCAGCAGCGGCAGCGAUGAGGAUGAGGAUGGUGAGGGUGGCGGUAUCAACGACGUUGACAGCAGCCAUGACGAUUCUGUUGAAGAAAACAGCGACGGCAGCAGCAGCAGCGGGGGUGGUGAUGACGUGAGCAUGGACAACAGCAGCAGCAGCAGCGGGGAGGAUGGUGGCUGGGCCGGACUUAACGAGAUAGGUAACCUCGAAGGUUGGGUUCCUGGUGGCGAUGGGGGCGAGGAGGAGGAUGGUGGGGAGGAGGACAGCGGGGAUGCGGAUAUCCGCGGUGUGGUGGCGCUGGCGGCUGUGCUGGACUGGUUCGCCACGCGGGUGCUGCAGGUGGUCAAGUCCUACCUCGACUCGGGCCUUAUGCGGCUCAACGGCGGCAGGCUGCAGCCCUGGCAUAUUCAGCUAGCACUCGACACAACCCCACUGGGCCAGCUACUGCCACCGCCACCGCCGCCUUCCUCUACCGGGCCCUCCUUUGGGUGCAUGUUUCCCUGCCCUAGCGACCAUGUCGGUAGCAGCGGUGGCGGCAGCACCCCUGCUGCGGUCACCGCCACUGCGGGGUCGUGUCUGUUGGGUUCGCUGCCCUUGAGGUCCCUGGCACAAACCCUAGCCUCACUGGCGCUCCAGCCGACGUCUGCGUUGCUGGUACUAGCCGCCAGCGCGUGCGCGUGUGGGGAUGUGAGGAGGGAAUCAGCAUGCAGCGGCGGCGGAGGUGGAGGCGGCGGUGGAGGUGAAGGCAGCGGACGACAACCGCUGCUGUGUCCACUUGACCUGCGCCGCUACUGCGGGGUAUCUCUACCACCGGGAUGCUCGACUGAUGCUGCUACUGCUGCUACUGCUGGUGGUGGUGGUGCUGCUGCUGCCAGUGCGACGGGAGGAGCAGACGUGGCGGCGGCGGCGGCGGCGGUUGUGCGGGGGGGUGGCGUGCUUGGAUGCUGUUCGUACUGGUCGGGAGAGCAGUGUGAAGGCUGCUCCCGCCUCACAUGCGCCCAACGUGAGCUGCUGCGGGCGGAGGAGCGGCUGCAGCUGUGUGAGGCAACCCUCAGGAGCGUCUUUGCCGGGCUCAUCGCUUCGGGUAACAACGGCGAUGGCCCCUCAGGUGGCGAGGUUGCUGCUGCUGUUGCUCUUACGAGCAGCAGCAGCAGCCGUAGCCGUGCUGCUGUCGGUACUACACCUCACAUGAGCCAACCCCCACGUGAACUUACACGUGAAGAAGUGCUGCGAACCCUGACGCCACCGCCAAUCCUGCCGUACGUGGGCAGCUCCUCCUCAUCCUCCUCCGCGCAGAGCACGCAAUGCGACAUUGUCGUACAGGCGACAGGAGGGCUGUUGCGGCGCGAAUUGCUAGCGGAGCUGCUGCCACCGCCGCUGCGGGUGCUGCUGACGCCAGCGGCGCUAGUGCAUGCGGCGCGACUCGCUGACGUGAACCUGGCGUGUCGCCUGAUUAGGACCCACCACCUGCAGGCUGGGUGCUGGUGGCGGCGGCCCGGCGGCACCGCAUGGCUUCCGCAACCUAGCGGCGGCGGUGGCGGCAGUGGCGCCGGCGGCAACAACGUGCCGACGCAGUUCGUCGGACCUUCAGCCGCCGCGUCGUCAUCAUCGUCGUCAUCAGCGGCGGAGGCGGCGGCUGCCGUAUCGUCAGCGCUGGCGGAGGUGGUUAGGCCGGAUCCCGCCCAGCUGCUUCGGUUGCAGCCGCAGCUGCUAGAGUUGCAAGACGUCGAGGCGGCGGCGGCGCUGUGCCGAGAUCUGCAUGUCGUACUUUGUCGUACGAGGGGUACGACACGUCAGCCGCCGGCGGCAGCCACGUCAGCUACGGCUGGUACGACAUCAGCUUCAAGAGGAGCAGCGGCGGUUGAUGGUACUACCGGUAAUAUUGCGGAGCUGGCGGAUGGUAUGGCGACGAGGAGGGGUGCCGCGCUUGCGACGACGGCGGCGACGAUGACGGGUAUUCCACGCGCGGAGUUCAUGGGCUUGUUUAGGCAGUGCUGGGCCACAGUUCGGCAGGAACGCAGUGCAGCAACUGCUGGUGCUGCGGGUGCCCUAGGGGGUGUUGCUACUGCUGCUACUGCUGCUGCAGGGGCUGUGGGCUCUUCAGAUCAGCAUCCGCAGGGUUGGUUGCAAAGCCUUGCCACAAGAGGGCUGGAUGCGCAGUUGGGCUCCUCCUCAGGUGGACGAAGGCUGCUCCCACCGGCCAUGGGUGUGGAGUCUCAGAGUGCUGUCAGGCGGCAAUUGCGGCCGGUGCACGUCAUCGCGAGGAUGGCGACUGGAGGUCGUGAUAGCGAUCGUGUUAGGGCGGCGGAGGAGGCGGCGACGGCGGAGGCGGCGGCGGCGGAGGAGGAGGCGGAGGCGGCGGCGGAGCAGGAGGCCGUUAUUGCCGGUGCUGCUGCUGCUGACGGUGGUGACGUUCCUGCGGGCGCGGCUGCCAGCAAUAGCAGCAGCAGCGGCGCAGACCUUGAUGAACAUGAUGGGGGACCGUCUGCAGCUGCGCUUGAGGCGGGUGGUAGUGGUAACAGCAGCAGGAGGGGGCAGUCGGGGCAUGAGGAGGGGGCCCCAGACACCGAGGAGCAGGAUGGUGCCCCCAUGGAGGUUGAUGUGGGGGAAGGUGAUGAGGGUACCGAGGAGCGGGUUGAGG